AUGGUUGAUUCUGACCAGGGAAUUAAUAUUUUACUAACUGCCAAUGAGCACUGCAUUGGCCGAUUGGUGGAUGAUGUGCGAUUCCAGAUUGAUUCGAACAACAUUAGUGCAAAUCAUUGCACAAUAUACAGGAUGUCGGUUACAAACGAAAAUAUGGUGGACACAACAUCAAUUUUCUUGAAAGAUACAAGCACAAAUGGAACUUAUCUUAACUGGGAGAAGUUAAAAAAGAAUGGUCCUGCUGUCAAAGUCUGCCAUGGUGAUAUUAUAUCGUUUGCUGCUCCUCCUCAGCACGAUCUUACAUUUUCUUUUGUAUAUCGAGAGGUGCUUUUGUCCUCCCCCAUGCCAGAUAAUGCAGCUGCUAAGAGAAAAGCAGAGCGUUGUGCCUUUGAAAGCAAGAGAUUGAAAGGCUUAGGCAUUGGUGCCCCCGAAGGUCUCAUUUCUCUUGAUGAUUUUCGAAGCCUUCAAAGAUCAAACACAGAGCUGAGGAAGCAGUUGGAGAAUCAGGUGGUAUUAAUUGAUACUUUGCGUAAUGACAACCGUGUUGCUGUUGAUCGUCAUGAAAGUAAAGUAAAUAUAGCUGAACUCAGGGAACAAUUAGAUGACGAGCGGAUUCAGCGAAAAGAUGAGCGGGAAAAGGCCACAAGUGAUCUAAAGGCUGCUGUUUUUAGAGCCCAGUCUGAGGCUCAAGAGGAAUUAAGACGACACACUGAUGCUUCCUUAAGAAGAGAAAGAGAACUACAUGAAACAAUAAAUAAGCUUCAGGAGUCAGAGAGAGAAAGGUGUUUGCUAGUUGAAACCUUGAGGUCCAAACUGGAGGAUACUAGGCAAAAGAUGGUUGUGUCUGAUAAUAAGGUUCGCCAGUUGGAAACUGAAUUGCAUGAGCAGAAGCUGACCACUGGAAAUCAAACAAAGAAAAUAGAAGAACUUGAAGAGGAAACAAUUAGAUUAAGCAAAGAGCUUGAGAGUGAAAAGGCAGCUCGAGAAGAAGCAUGGGCUAAAGUUUCUAUUCUUGAGCUUGAGAUAAAUGCCGCAAUGCGGGAUCUAGAUUUUGAGAGGAGGAGGUUAAGAGGUGCCAGGGAAAGACUUAUGCUUCGGGAAACACAACUAAGGGCAUUUUAUUCCACUACUGAGGAGAUACAAGUACUCUUUGCUAAGCAACAGGAGCAAUUAAAGGCUAUGCAAAGAACUCUUGAAGACGAAGAGAAUUAUGAGAAUACUUCUGUAGAUAUGGAUGGAGUUAUCGGUGGAACCCCUGGAAGAGAGAGAGAAGUUGCAGGAUACCAUAGCAAAAAUACUGCAAAGGCAGGCUCAACUGCAUCUACACAGAAGCGCAACAGAGAUCAAGUAGAAACCUCAAGCAAUGAAGCUAGUGACACUGAGAAGCAUGAAUGUGAGGUGAGAAGUCAAGAAUGCCAAAAUACACAAGGGUUCACCAGUGCAGAUCAUGACCAUGAUGUAAGAGGUGGCUUUGGUUCUGAUAUUGACGGUGCUGCAGCUAUGAUGGAUGAAGGUGCUGGUGGUACUGAGUGUGUUCUGGGAACUGAAAGUCCUUCAAAUUAUGGCAUAAAGCAUGUUGAUUUAAAUAAAUCUGGUCCUCUAGAUGGGGACACUAUGCAGUGUGAUGCUGAUGUAAAUGUACAAGAAACUGAGGAGCAAGCCCAUGAUCAUCGUGUUUCGCAUCUGUUGCAAUUACAUGAUCCUACAGACACUGAAAAAGUUAUUGAGGAUACCGAAGUUGGUGGCACAAUCAGAACAGCAGACCUUUUAACAUCCGAAGUUGCUGGCAGCUGGGCUUGCAGUACAGCCCCUUCUGUGCAUGGAGACAAUGAAUCUCCAAGCAGAGACAAUAACGAAGGUUGUGGCCCAUUGCAUGAUUCAAAUAUUGUGGUGGCUGAGAGUCAGAACACUGAUGAUGCUGCCGCUAAACGGAAUGAGCGGCAAGCACUCCGGGAUAUGAUUGGCAUUGUUGCUCCUGAUUUGAGGGAGAAGUUUGGAGGUUCUGCAUAUAAUUGUGGUGAAAAGCAAGAGAAAGAUGGCAGUUCAACUGACUCGGACACGCAGAGUUGUAGCAACAGUGGCAAUGAAGGUAGAAUCAAUGCAGAGGGUGGAGCUAUGUCUGAUGAAGAAACUCAAUGUUGUGACCAUGUUGAAGAGAAUGAAAAGCAGGAUGAUGCCAUGGACGAAGGUGAUGAUGAAGCUACUCAAGAAGAUUGAAUCUGUUGUAUAAAAUAUAAGUCAGGAAACUGUACAUAUUUACAUGGGUUUCUGAAGACAUCUCAUCUCAUCUCGUAUAUAAAGUGGUUGAUUACCACUUGCGGUUAUGACCCCCUCUAAUUAUAUUCAAGGCGUCUUAUGUUAUUCUGUAUUUUUAACAUUAAUAUUAUUUUUCUUUAACAUGUAUAAAUUGAUUAAGAUAAUCUAAUUUA